UGCAGCAGUGCUUGAAGAGAAGUUGUUUUAAGUGUUAGCUUAUUGAUCAUACUUUACUGCAAAAACCUUGCAAGCAGAGGAAUGGAGUCCCAGGUGUGCCAAAACUUCCAUGCUGAGUGUGAGGCUGCUGUGAAUCGCCUUGUGAACCUGGAGCUGUAUGCCAGCUAUGUCUAUCUGUCCCUGUCCUAUUACUUUGACCGUGAUGAUGUGGCCCUGAAGCACAUGGCUCAGUUCCUGAAGGAGCAGUCCCAUGAGGAGCGGGAGCAUGCAGAGAAGUUUCUGAUCUACCAGAACAAGCGAGGAGGGCGUGUUGUCCUGCAGGACAUCAAGAAACCAGAACGGGAUGAGUGGGGGAACAGCCUGGAGGCCCUGCAAUGUGCCCUGCAGCUGGAGAAGACUCUGAACCAGGCCCUGCUGGACCUGCACAAGCUGGCUACAGAGAAGAAUGACCCCCAUCUCUGUGACUUCCUGGAGUCUGACUACCUGGAGGAGCAGGUGAAGGCCAUCAAGCAGCUGGGAGACCAUGUCACCAACCUGAAGCGCCUGGGAGUGCCCCAGAAUGGCAUGGGAGAGUACCUGUUUGACAAGCUCACCCUGGGGGAGAGCAGCUGAGCUCCAAACUCUGAAGCUGUCUAGAGUGCAGUCCUGAUCUGUUGUCUUACAGCUGCUUGUGAGUUGCAAUAUCUGCAUAUCCUCAAAAUAAAAUUUGCUAUUUGUCCAGCAA